AUGCGUGGGCGAAAACCUAGUGUACCACAUCAGGUGAUCAUUGAUGCAGUUAUUUUAUUUAAAGACCGAGUUAUAGCCACUGACAAUGAUGGUGUUAAACACGUUGUUGUUGGAACAAAUGAUGUAUGGAUGGAUAUAAGUAUGCAUUUAAAUGGGAGGAUAAGUAAAAAUGCAUUACAUUUGUUUGUUCAUAAUGGCAGACAUGGAGUAAAAGAAGCAUUAGGCUUACUUCCUGCAAUAGUACAGGAAAAUACAAAUCAAAUGAAGAAACCAGAUGAGUUGUAUUGUCAAACUGAUUCAGUGACAAUCCUGAUUUUUUGCCAAAAAAAAAACAUUUCAUUUCAGUUUACAUUUUCACCAUCCGAAUGGCAGCAAAUACAGCCUCAAGAAGUUAUUUACAAAGCAAGUGAUAAAAACCGUCCUAUGAGAAGCUGUCGUUCUUAUUAUGUCUUACCAAAAGGCUCGUGGACCCCACUGUUGGCUGAACAUUUUUGGGAACACACGAACUUGCCAUGUUGUAUCUCAUUCAAGAGAGCUAAAGUGUUCACGGAAGGAAACGUGUAUAUUUGUGUCAUAGGAAGGUGUUCGAUUUGUUGUUCUCACUUUAAAGGGUUUGUUAAAGAAAAACCUUCUGGAAAUUCAAGUUCAGAAGUAGGUCACUUAAUUGAAGUACAGUUAUGUGAUAUUCCUCAAGUUUUAAUAUAUAAAGAUUUAACAUAUGAAUUACGAGGAGUAGUAAAUUAUCGUAGAGGAAAUAGUAAGCUAAGAACAUCAGUAGGGCAUUACAAUGCUUACUGCAAACGAAGUGGAAAACAAUGGGAAUUAAUAGAUGACCUAAAAAAGAAAGCUGUAUCAUCAAAAGAGAAUACGAAAGUAAUUUGUGAAUUCGUUAUAUACAGUAUUUAA